UAAACUUUCAAAUGAAUAAAUAAUCCCGGUGUCAGUUAUAUAGAUCUAGUUUAUAUAUAUUGUGGGUUCUGUUGUACGCUAGCUGGGACUUUCAAGACACAAGUCACAGUUGUUGUUUUUUCUAUGAUCGACAGAUGAACUUGAGUUGUGUUUAUGUUUAGGUGAAUAUAAUGUUUCAAAAAUUAUUUAAAAGUGAACCCUAAUUAAUCAAAUUCAUUGCUAAUUGAAAAUUUGGUUUAGUAAUUUCCUUCACAAAGGCCAUUUGCACUAACUCAAUCACGGAAUGGGCAUGGGUAACAGGAAGCGGAAGGGCGGUAGAUUAAACAGACGCCGCACAAGACGCAUCGGGCCCAGCGAAGGCGCGCCUCGUUCUGGGAUCAGGCGCAAAAGGAGGUCGUCUGCUGGAAUUUUCAGCUGCUGUUGCGAAGCAUUAAGUGACCCCAUUGAACGGAAUCAAGACGAUAUUUCAGCUUUACAAAAAGCUCAAAAGCAGAUGCUGGCAUCUUUCAAGCUUCAAGCAACAGAGGUUAAUUUUGACCAGGAAAAUCCAGUCUGGCAUGCAUCUCAUGACCAAGAUCGGCAGGAUGAAGUUGACAGUCUGCAGAAGGAACAACUUGACCUUUUAAAAGACAUAGUGUUACAGCAAAAUAACGAGAGUGACCCGGAUGUAACGCAGGAAUUGUAUAAACAGCAAUGUGAACUUAUUGAACAAAUGCGAGACUUGCAGAGGGCAGGUUAUGCUUAUCCUGACGGUAUUCCAUCUCCAGUGAAGGCAGCGGAUCCAAACGAGGCUGAGAACGCUGAAGGUGUUGAAAAUACGAAUGUAACAUAAAUUAUCACCUUCUUUAAUCAUUACUCAGUUAUCAUUAUAAAUUGACUUCUAAUGCAUAUGAAUAGUACAUGUAUAAACCCACGGCUGGAAUUGUGGGUUUUCAAAAUGGACGCCAAAAUAGAUGGUUGUUACGUAUGGUUUGUAGCAACAAUAGAAUCGUCAUUGUCACACAGUGUUAAUUCAAUGUGUGUGUGUACAUUAGCACGAUGAAUCUACAAGGCAUUUUUUUGGCUUGAUAUAUUUUAAAAAUGUUUUAUUUGCUAUUUAUUUUUCUGUAUCUCUAUUUCUUGUAUUACAUGUACUUGUUGCUGUUGAUGUUUAUUAUCUAUUAAAGUGUUAAACCGUU